AGGUGAGGUCGUGUAAGGUUCGGUCAGUACGAUGCGGUUAACGGUGAGCUUUCUGAUGGUGGUGGUGGUCACCCUGACUGCGGUGGUCAGUGGAAAGACAGCCACACGAGGCACGGGACAGAGUGGAAGGCACGAGAUGGAGGAUCUGGACUGGUGGGAAGCCGGAGUGUUCUACCAGAUCUACCCGCGCUCGUUCAAGGACAGUAACGGGGACGGUGUCGGCGAUCUGGUGGGCAUCACGGAGAAGCUCGACCAUCUGGCCGAACUCGGAGUGGACGGUGUCUGGCUGAGCCCGGUGUUUAAGUCACCGAUGGCCGACUUUGGGUACGACAUCUCGGACUUCCGGGCGGUGGACGAGAUUUUCGGCACCAUGGCCCACCUGGAGGCGAUGAUCGCCAAGGCGAAGCAACUCGGCAUCAAGGUGAUCUUGGACUUUGUACCGAACCACACGAGUGAUGAGCACGAGUGGUUCCAGAACUCACUCAACAACGUCGGCGAGUAUCGUAACUUCUACGUGUGGCGUGAGCCGAAGGAUGGCUCUACUCCCAAUAAUUGGCAAUCGGUGUUCCAUACGCCCGCCUGGACACGGCCCACCGGCCAGCAGCAGUACUAUCUGCACCAGUUCGACAAGAAGCAACCGGAUCUGAACUAUAACAAUCCGCGCGUGAAGGAGGAGAUGGAGUCGAUGAUUCGGUUCUGGCUCGACAAGGGUGUGGAUGGGUUCCGUAUUGAUGCGAUCAACCACGUGUACGAGGACUCGCAGUUCCGCGACGAGGAACUGAUCGACGCGGACGGUGAACUGAUCUGGGAGAACCUGGACCACAAGUACACGAUGAAUAUGCCCGAGUGCUACAAUCUGAUCUACGAUUGGCGGGCCGUGUUCGACGAGUACAAGGCGAAGGACAACGCGACGCGCCUCAUGAUGACGGAAGCGUACGCCGAUCUCGAGCAGACGAUGCUCUGGUACGGCAACGGAAACCGUAAGGGUGCCCACAUCCCGUUCAACUUUGCCAUGAUCAACCGGCUGUCAAAUGAUUCGCGGGCAGAAGACUUCAAAAUGAUCGUGGACGAGUGGCUGAACGCGAUGCCGGCCGGCGAGCAGGCCAACUGGGUGCUCGGUAACCACGACCGGCCCCGUAUCGCUUCCCGGUUCGGACGUAACCGGGCCGCGGGCUUUGCCGUGCUCGAGAUGACGCUACCCGGCAUUGCCGUGGUGUACUACGGCGAGGAGAUCGGCAUGGAGGACAACCGUGCCAUCACGUUCGAGGAGACGCAGGACCCACAGGCGGCCAACACGAACCCGGAGGUGUACCAGCAGUUUACGCGCGACCCGGUCCGUACGCCCUUCCAGUGGGAUGCCACGGCAUACGCCGGGUUUAGUGCGGCAUCGGCACCGAAAACUUGGCUUCCGGUGCACCCGAACUACGCCCAGCUGAAUUUGGCCGCGCAGAAGACUGCCUCGGACAGCCUGUACAAGCUGUACCGGCGGUUGAUCGAGCUGCGAAAGGAGCACACCUUCCAACACGGCCAGUUCCGGUCGCAGGUGAUGCUGAACAAUGUGUUCGGCUUCACGCGCACCCUCGAGGACCAUCAGUCGUACGCGGUGGUCGUCAAUCUGAACGACAACAGCGUGAACGUGGAUCUGCGCCAGCUGGACACGAAUGUUGGCCGGGCCACCGUAGCUCUCGCGACACCCGGUGCUCGACUCAAGGAAGGAGACGAAGGAGAGGUGGACCGGAUCGUGCUCGAUGCGUACGACGCGGUCGUGUUCGAGAUCGGCUCAUCCGCUGCCACGAUCGGUGCUUCGGUCAUCCUGAUGAUGUUCGCCUCGAUCCUUCGUUCGCUUCUCUAGCGUGGAGCGUGGAUAGUGUAAUUUAUUGCGGCCAACGGAACCGCACAUCAUUUUGUGUCCGUCUAUUUUGUUUUUCCAUUUAACGAGCUUCAUUAAACUAGCUUUCCAACA